AUGGAGCGUAUGAAGUCUCUGGCUUGCAGCUACAUUUACUGGCCGAAUGUUGACGACGAUGUAGUGCGAUUCGUCCGUCAGUGCAAUGCAUGUGCUGAAGCAGCGAAGGCUCCGGCGAAAGCAACCCUGGAAUCAUGGCCUCUCCAGGACCGGCCGUGGCAACGAGUACACGUCGAUUUCGCUGGCCCAAUCGACGGACAUCACUAUUUCGUGAUUGUAGAUGCCUACUCUAAGUGGCCCGAAUUUUUUCGCACUAGAUCCAUCACCACGACAACAACUUUUGACCAGCUCCGUGAAACAUUUUCCCGUUACGGCAAUCCACACACGCUAGUCUCAGAUAACGGAACGCAGUUUACGAGCGGACAGUUUCAACAGUUUUGCAGUGAGAAUGGCAUCAACCAUAUUCGUACUGCUCCAUACCAUCCGCAGUCGAAUGGCCAAGCUGAACAUUUCGUGGAUUCCCUCAAACGCGGCCUUAAGAAGUUAGGUAAGGGGGAAUCACCGACAUUACAUCAUCUACAGACGUUUCAUUCAGUGUACCGAUCAACACCCAACCGGAAUACACCUUAGGGAACGUCUCUAGCCGAAGCGUUUUUAAAAAGAACGAUGCGCACUACGUUGGAUCUGUUCAGGAAACCAUUUCCUCCAACUGCAGC